AAUAAAGCUUCACUUGCAUUUAUAUAUGCUUAGCUACAAACUGACCCCACAUGGCUUUCCCUCACUCUCACAAUCUCACCAUCUCGUCCUCUUCUCUGUCAGCAGGUGCUGUUGACCCUAGAUCAAAAUUCAUUACAGAUGCCAAAACCACCAGUCUGCAUCUCAACAGCGCUAAAGAAAAAAUUAAGAAGUUAUUUGAUAAGAUUGAUCUCUCUGUUUCUUCAUAUGACACUGCUUGCGUUGCUAUGGUCCCAUCUCCGGAUUCCCCUCAGACCCCUUGUUUUCCACAAUGCGUAAAUUGGUUAUUGGAUAAUCAACUUCAUGAUGGAUCUUGGGGUCUUCCUCAAUGCCCUUCCUGGUUAGUUAAAGAUGCUCUCUUGUGUACCUUAGCAUGUGUCCUUGCCCUGAAGCGGUGGGGUAUUGGUGAAGAACAAAUGAGCAAAGGCAUCAAAUUUAUUGAGUCAAAUUUCGCUUCAAUUAAUGAUGAAAUGCAACAUACACCUAUAGGCUUUGAAAUAAUAUUCCCUGGUAUGAUUGAAUGUGCCAAAGAUUUGAAUUUGAACCUUCCUCUGAAAGAAACAGAAAUCGAUGCCAUGAUUCAUAGGAGACAUUCAGAGCUUAGAAGAAUCUACUUGGAGGGUAGGAAAGAGUACCUGGCAUAUGUUUCAGAAGGAAUGGGGAAAUUACAGGACUGGGAAAUGGUUAUGAAUUAUCAAAGAAAGAAUGGUUCGCUGUUUAAUUCACCAUCCACAACAGCUGCUGCUCUUUCUCAUAUUCAGGAUGCUGGUUGCCUUCAUUAUAUCCGCACAAUCUUAGAGAAUUUUGGAGAUGCAGUCCCAACAGUUUAUCCUUUUGACAUGUAUGCUCGGCUUUUUAUGGUUGAGAGUCUUGAAAGUUUGGGAAUUGGUCAACAUUUCAAGAAUGAAAUCAGAAGUGUAUUGGAUGAAACAUGCCGAUACUGGCUGCAGGGAGAGGAAGAGGUACUUUUAGAUCCUGCCACUUGUGUCAUGGCAUUUCGGCUGUUACGUGUCAACGGUUAUGAUAUCUCUUCAGAUCCAUUAACAAAAUUUGCUGAAGAAGAUCAGUUUUUCAAUUCACUUGGAGGAUGUUUGAAGGACAUCAGUGCUGUCCUAGAGUUAUAUAAAGCUUCACAGAUGAUAAUAUAUCCUGAUGAAUUACUUCUUGAGAAACAGAAUUUAUGGAGUCGUCAGUUUCUAGAACAAGAAUUAUCUAGAGGAUCAAUUCAUUCAGAUAGACUUGGCAAACAGGUGGAAUAUGCGCUUAAGUUUCCCUACCAUUCACAAUUGGAACGUUUAGCACACAGGAGAAAUACAGAGCUCUACUCUGUUGAUGAUAUAAUGAUAUUAAAAACUUCAUAUCGCUCUUUGAAUAUUGGCAACGAAUACAUCCAACAACUAGCAGUUGAUGACUUCAACAUCUGCCAAUCAAUUCUCCAAGAAGAACUCAAACAUCUUGAGAGGUGGGUUGCAGAGAACAGACUGGACAGGCUAAAAUUUGCAAGGCAGAAGCUGGCAUAUUGUUACUUCUCUGGGGCAGCUACCCUCUUCUCCCCUGAACUAUCCAAUGCCCGAAUAUCAUGGGCCAAAAAUGGUGUGCUCACAACUGUCGUUGAUGACUUCUUUGAUGUUGGAGGUUCUAUUGAGGAACUAGUAAACCUUGUGGAAUUGGUCGAGAAGUGGAAUGUAGAGGAAGGCAUCAAUUGUUGUUCUGAAGAAGUGAGGAUCAUAUAUUCAGCAAUUCACAGCACUAUUUGUGAGAUUGGAGAGAAAGCAUUUACAUGGCAAGGACGUGAUGUGACUAGUCAUGUCGUUGAAAUUUGGUUGAAUUUGCUGAAGUCUAUGUUGAAGGAGGCUGAGUGGCUGAGAAACAAGUCAGUCCCAACGGUAGAUGAAUAUAUGGAAAACGCAUACAUAUCAUUUGCCUUGGGACCAAUAGUCCUCCCCGCUGUUUAUUUAGUUGGGCCUAAGCUUCCCGAGGAAUCCUUUAGACAUCUUGAAUUUCAUAAUCUGUAUAAGCUUAUGAGCACCUGUGGGCGUCUACUCAAUGAUAUCCGAGGUUUUGAGAGAGAAUCCAAAGAAGGGAAACUGAAUGCUGUGUCAUUGCAAAUUAUUCAUAGUGAUGGAGUUAUUACAGAAGAAGAGGCCAUGCAAAAGAUGAGAAGUCUUAUUAACAGCAACAGGAGAGAGCUACUGAGAUUAGUGUUACAAGAAAAGGGAAGCAUAAUUCCAAGACCUAUCAAGGAUUUAUUUUGGAAAAUGAGCAAAGUGUUGCAUUUAUUUUACAUAAAAGAUGAUGGAUUCACUUCUCAUGACAUGUUUAAUUUUGUCAAUGAUGUUAUUCAAGAACCCGUAUCUGUUGAUAAAUUGUAAGCAUACACAAUUGAAGAUCGAAAUGUCUAGUUGAAUAAGCUAAUGAACUUGCUCUGAGUUUUUGUAUUCAGAAGAAACCGUUUAUGGAUCCUCUUGCUGUCACAGUGGGCAUCAAAUAAAGAGAAAUUGA